CGCACCACUCCAGAAAUCUUUGUAUCCGCUCGUCGCUCUCGUCCGGAAUCUGUGUGAUGGCUCUGCACCUCUUCCUUUGUCUGUGCCUCAACCUCUUCUUCCCCACGUCCCUCCUUCUCCCCAUAAUCCUCCACAGAACACUUGUCAUCUUUACCCCGCCCUUCUUCUUUGUAACUUCCACUGAAGGAGAGUAGCCUAUUAUAUGGGGUAGGCGAUGAGGGCAAGUUGUUGAAGGACGCUCAGUGUCACCCACGUGGUGUAAAAAUUGAACUAUGACCUCUACAGUCAAGACCGUCUCUGUCGUUAGACAGACGCUGGGAUACGUGCGGACGCUGGACCACCUUCGAGCGUGGCCGCUGCGUCUCCCUCACGGUGUGAAGGAAGUGGUACUGGCCGUGGGCUCUGGGGACGAAAGACAACACGCAGGGACCAAGGUAUUCGUGCAGCAGAACGUCCCACAGCUGAAGUUUUUCAACCCUCAAGUCAAGUUUUCAGUCGAGACCAGAGAAAUCGAGCGCUCGGAAGUCAUAUUCGUUUCAGAGGAUGGUGGUAGUCAAGUUGUAGACACCACCAGUUUGCAGUGGCGCGACAUACAGAAAGAGUUAAACUCUCUUUUCACCACUCCUCCGCCUCCUCAACAAAAACAAUAACUCAUCACUGUCACUGUCAUACAGUACACCACAUGUAUAUAUAACAUGAGAGAAUAUUAUAAUAAUCACACGCUGGGAUUGAAGGGGCUGUAGUGGGUAGUUAGCUGAAACCGUAGGAGAGUGAAGCCUGUGGCGGCAGCUCUCUCUCCGUCAUUAGUCUCUCUAUUUCACGCAGACUCUGCUCCAGAGCAGCCAACUCGUCAGUUCGACCUGCGACCCUGGCCUGCUGGAUGUACCCCAACAGCUGCUCUCUCUGUAGAGUAAACGGGUCGUCCUGACUGUCGAUGCUCCCAAACGCCUUCGACGUGCUCAUCCACCCUGACCCAGAAGCAAGUCGCUCCACCCUAACACUCCCCUCCUCACCUCCCCCUCCUCCCUCUUUCUUGAAAUUCACUCUCGGUAUCACCUUGUUGGAGAAAUUCUUGAGUUUUUCAAAUCUCUUCUUUUUCUCGCCCGAUGCAAGAUCGAGUGAAUACGAGGUGCUCGCUCCUGCGAAUCCCCUGUCAUCGUCAUCAUACACAUCAUCCACAGCAGACCCACUGGUCAUUGUGACACUGUGCGUUAGAUUUCGUGCAAGUUCCUCCUGUCGAAGUAUCUCUCUCUGCCGUUCCAUCUCCUUCAAUCUCUCUCUCGCCUCCUCCUCCUUCCUCCGUCUGAUCUCAGCCAGUUGGUGAGACGUGGGCAGGGACGGAAGGGACAGUAGGUUCUCCUGAAGGUAAGUCGACGCAUACACUCGAAUCCCUCGACAAAGUUUGAACAUGGCUCUGGAUGCUGAUGGAUCUGAUUCAUAGUCACUUCCCAGUGAGUAUAUGUCUUUACUGGGAUCAGAGGAUUACGGUGUGUGGGAAGAUGAGAAGAAGUCAAACGAGAGAGAGAUAAAGAUGUAUAUAUACAAGAGAGAAUAUGAGUGUUAGGAAAUGAAGAAUGGUAAGGUGUG